AUGUCAACGGAAGACCUCGGUGACCAAAUUUCGCAAGUGAUAGAAGAAUAUCAAGAUCUUUAUACCGAUAACUACGUGAUGGGUGCAGCAGCUGUCAUCCUCAUUUUCGACUAUCUCCUCACGUUCGGCCGAGAGGUCAAUUUCUUCUGGAAUCGGCGCGUGUCAGGCUCGACAGUACUAUUCAUCUUGAAUCGCUACCUUGCCCUUAUAUUCCAAAUUCUUUCGUUUCUUGGAUUUCACCCAUUCUCCGACCAGACGUCAGUUUAA